AUGGCUGAGGAGUCGAUUGAUAGUGGGUUAUCAAGCGAGCAAUCCCAAACUUCCAAAGAAAAACAUCACUGUUAUCCUCCCACUCCUUAUCAGCAACAGACUGACGGAUAUCUACAAUCGCAGCCGGAGUGUUUAUUAGAUCCACAAAAGUACCCUCCGAAUCAAUUUAGCCGCUACUGCACACCUAACAGAACACCUACAGGCGAUCAGUCUGACCGCGACGACACCGAAGAUACUGUUGCCGAGAGACCACCAGAUGUUCUUGCAAAUAAACUCUUAGCAGAUUUGUAUAGUCGAAUGUCUGGUGGUAAUGGAAAUUGUAGAACAGGAUACAAUGCCCCUAGGGACCGCCAACGAUUUCCCAUACCUUCUCAACAGUCACAAUCUCAGCAGCAGCAACAGCAGCAGCAGCAUCAUCAACAGUCGGUCAUGCCCCAAUCGUCCCAGCAACAAACCCCGCGAGUUCACUUUGGACUCGGAAAUCGAAGCGAACCCUCCUAUAGGAGAGGACCUCCCAUGGGCCACAUGCCUACGCCACUGUCUAGAAAUCUGCCCGAGAACGCCAUUGUUCAUGGCAGUGGUAUAUCCUCAACAGGAGGAAACUACCGUCCUAGACCUCCAUUUGUUAGGAGUUUAUCUUCAAAGGCUUUUGAGUUGGUCUCAGACACAUCCCCCUCCAGUGUCAAGUCCCCAAGACGUUUUCGGGCCUCAAGUCCUCCACUACCCAGGUGGCCCUCUGAACUCGAGGGUAACGCGCACUUCUUUCAAACAAUGCAGCAGUUGGAACGUACUUUUCCUGACGUUCUUGAUAAGGGAAUCCAAUGCGAGAGGGACUCCUCUAUACAGGGUUCGCCAAAAACGACUGCCAUCUUGCCGAUGAAUCAGACGACAUCAAAUACGCGUGGCUUUGUUUCGCAGCAGCCCCAGUCACCGCCGCAAACGAACCCCCUCCUAUCGGCCCUCCUAGCUGCAGCGGCAAAUGCUACGAUGAAUCUCUCGGAGCAGCCAACAGGUGCCGUCACUGCGCGGAGAGCCCUCAGACCGCAUUUCCACGGUUCCCUUCCCUACUGGUCGGACACUGAGAUUAGUCCUUACGACACACUGGAAGCUCUAACUUCCACUGCACAGCCCCCAGCAGCCAAACCCUACCCGCCCGUGGCUGCCGCCAGCGCGGUCGCGGCGGCCGCGGCCGCAGCCGCAGCGGCGAUGGCGGCUGUUCAGUCAACCACCUCCAGAGUUCCCAGACCGGGGCCCGUGAUUGCGCCACCUACAGCGGUGCCCGUGACCUCGGCUAAAUCCCUCGAGGGUACUCUCCCCUCGCAAAUUUCGCGAGCAGCUUUACAGCUUUCACAACUACCUCUAGAGGACUAUAACUGUCUUCCGACAGCAGAAAUGGACACUAGACAGUCCGUUUUAAGGAGCAACGUUGCUGGACAACGUCCCGAAUCUCUGGUAUAUGGACGAACUGGCUUUUUAGACUCCAAUGUUCCAGCAAGAAGACCGAACAAUAUGGACUUAGGUAGGCCCUGGAAGCCCUCCGAAAAUGUUAAAAUGCAAAUUGAACGAGUGACACAGAGUACUUUCUGACUCUUGCCAAAAACAUGCUUAAUUGGUGAAAGAGGGAAAUGUUCACAUCAUCGUGAUCCUAAGGGUGUUCGGAAUCUCUGUGCUUAUCAAGAAUAUUACAAAAAAUGAGCAAAGCUUUUAUGGUCAAAUUAUAUUGCCAGGCAUACUUUCGAGUAUUUAUGAAUUUUUAGUAUUAUUUUGCAAAGAAGUCAAUAGAAUUCACCACUUGUUGCACUUAAGAUAAAAUCAUUCAUAAGAAAUCCGAAAAAGUGGUUCACGUUUUAUUUUGGUUUUUCGUACUUUUAAAUGAUAUGUGUGCACCGUAUAAAGCUCUGAGUCUUCGGGGCUGCUGAAGAACAUCCGUACUUUAGAAUUUAAUUUGGCGUUUUAAUAUACAUAAGACGUCUCUCCUUGGCAAAACUAAGAGGCAAGCUAUUAUCCAACCGCAGAACAAUCUUCAAUUUUUUAUUACAGGUGGUGUGAAAGGGGAAUGCCUCCUUAUACUCCCAGUCGAUGCUUACGUAUUCGCUUACGUUAGGGGGAUUACUGGACGGUAAGCAAUAAAGUUACCAACCUACGUUGCGACUGCCUUUUAGGACAGGGGCAUUUCAGAUUUCUAAUUAAAAGGAUAUGGGUUUCGAGGCAUUUCUACUUCCCAAAAUUUUCCUUAGGGAGUCAGUUGGACCUCACAUAGCAAGUCAAAAAGCUAAUACGAAGAUAUUUCCCGUGGCAAAAGGAGUUCGAGUAUAAAUGACCCUUGGGGAAAUACCUACUACGUUUCAUGUGUUUUAAGUAUGCAAGUUUUGUGGUCUUUGCGGUUGUCCAUAUCCACCGAGGCUUUUCCUCUUUUAUUUACAGCAUUUGCCAAAUCUGAUAAGGUUAAGCUCAGAUAUCACAAUGAUUACUUACAAUUUCACUGACUGCUUACGUUACAGCAGGAAGGACGUUAGACUUGGACCAUUCGUCGUUGUAUCUUUUCUCCGGAGCUGUAUUUUGUUGUUUAGCAGAAGUCGUUAUUAAUCUCUUCUUCCUCUCACGCAUAUAAAAUUAAUUCGUCAAGGAAUCGCUAUGUCAUGCUGAUCCCGAGUGCAAACCAGCUAACUUGCUUUCAUAUUUCCCAAGACUUCACUGUACGACCGAUAUUGGCAACCCUGAAGCAAGGCAUUUUGAUCUUCAAAUCAAUGUGCUGAAUGUCACAUUUUUGGAUGGGCAUUUAUUCUCAUUAUCACGAGUUGCGUAACCUUUAUACAAACCGUAUGCAAAAACGUGAUUUGCAAAAUAUUAACACAUGUAAGUGGGCCGGUUAUUUGCUAAAUUAAUUUGGUACAAGCAUUACGAAAAAACAUAGGAGAUGUAGUCUCGUCUACUUAAUGAAACGAACCUCUUUUCCUAGUGAGAGUGCUACGUGUAACCACACAACCUUUUAAGUCCUUCAAGAACAUCAAAGUCUACUAGAUAUGCGAAACCCCGGAAAUCGAGAAUCUUUCUGCUGAAUAAUUAUGCAGUUUUCACAUGUCCGACGACUUUAUUACGGAUAAAGGAAAGUAUUGGUUGACGGGGGGGGGCCUAGACGUAAACAUAUAAUACAGUCCUGCCUAGUGAUUUCCAAAAAUAUUUCGGCGAGGUUUGGUUCUGCAGCCCCACUUAAUUGUUACCAUACGAGUAGCUUACUAAAACAGUUAAAGUAAAUUCGAGUACACUGACCUUAUAAAAUUCACGUGCUUGCACCUUCUAUACCAUUUUAAUUUAGCAAGUAACUGUGCCACAGGAGAGCGGAGUGCUUAUACGCCAGCCUCGCUUACUUCAGAUAUCAGUUCGCACGUGCUUUCCCGUGUGUGCUUCGAGUCCCGCUUUCGUCCUCUUUAUUAUCCUAAUCCAGCAAGUAGCUAAGUAGGCCUGCUAAUGGAUUUUUUCGGACGCACUGGAACUCCGUUAGUUCUAAUUCAGUGGCCAUGCACUGCAAAUUACCACGCGGUUCCACCCCUGGCCUUCCAGUUGUGAUUGCAUCCUCCUGAUCUUACUAAUCCAGCGAGUGACUGUGUCGCGAGGAAAACGUUUACACGUCACCUUCACGCGCAUCCCUGCGCAUGCUUCGAGCUCUACUUGCGAUCUCUUUCCCUUCUUGAUCCAGCGAGUGGCUAAGUUAGGUAUGUUAACUAAUAUUAUUUUAGUAAGCGAACCAUAUGGUAUCGAUAAAGUGGGGCUGCAAAACCAAACCUCGCCAUAUUUGAAUUUCUUUGAAUAUCCGACGGCAUCAACCUUUACCAGACUGUGUAAGAUGUGACUUCAAGGAUUUCAAAUUAUUCUUUGCGAAACAUGUGGCGCUCGCGUAUGGCAUGCGAUAAGCAUAGACUGUGUGACGUCAGCCAUUGGGAUCGAAUUAAUCACCAAUCGGUUUGAAUGAGGUUUAUCAUUUGGUUGAAGUCAGAGAGAAUGAAGUAGGCGAAAAGCAAUUCCCCAUUUACAACCCAGGUUAGACGGAAGUUACAAGUAGUCGCCCAUCGGAGCAGUUAUAAUCUUUGUCGCAUAUGAGGGGCAACCGUCCGCCUUCUGUUCCAUUUCAGUCAACUUAUCACAAAGCAGUGAUGAAGCCUCUGUGUGUGUCACUCAAAAUUACAGAAAAUACUACCAGCACAUCUGAGGACGCAGCUCUCUGUGUUCAAACAUUUCGUUGUAAUUGGGGCUCAAAUGCUCAUCUAUGAAACUCAUCAUGUACGUGUAAUUUUAACAAACCGAACUUUCUGCUGCUGCGGAAACAACGCAAACCAGAUAGGCCUUUUAUUAAGCUUCAAGUUUUUGUGCAAUGGGAUUUAAACGUGAUCAUCGACAGUGACAUAGUUUACAGGCAAUUUUGUGAGUGAAAGUCAGAUUUCAUACAUCUACGCAACUAAUGGUCUCUUGUAUCAGACUCCUGAUGACCAGGCGCUUGUCUUAUCCUUCUACUUCGCCACUAACUGCAGUACGUUCAGUCGGUCGAUGUAAUGUUUCACAUAUAUCACCUCGCGUUGCACACAAAUAAGAUGUAAGUGCCAACCCCUAGACUUCAAAAACUAUACUCGAAAUUAUAUGUUCGGGAAGGCGUAUUUUGCAUUGCUAUGUGCGUGUACUGGCAAAAGUGGAUUAUUUUAGGUUUGAUCUCCACUGAGUUGACCUUCUUUCUAAGAGCCCUUCAAGAUAGUCGAUUUAAAUAAUAUGUUUCUCUAAGAUUAUUGAACAUCGCGCAUUAAACAGGCCGUUUCUAACUUAUUGCUUUCGCUAACUUGUUCUUCAUUUUUAUCAUCCAAUCAAAAAAUGUGUGUUCUUCCCUAUUGAUUGAGAUGGGCCUGGUAAUGGGUUUAAUUUCCUAACUCACAGUAGAAUACAAUGUCUGAAGCCAUGCUAUAUGCUUUUGGUUAUGGCGGGAUGAAAUAAAAGGAUAAGUCUAGUUAUAGGAGACUACUUGAUAUAAGGACUGCGACAAACAAAAUGCAAUGUUGUUAGAAGUGUACGAAAUCUGGACAUCUGAAUUUCUGGGCAGCUGAUAUACCACGCAAAUGUGCGCGGCGAAUUUGUUGCUAUAUGAAUGAAUAAUCGAUACGUCUCCUUACUCUCCUGUCAAAAUGGUAAAUUACGCAUAUUUUCAGAAAACGGCUCCUAUCUAAUGGAAGCAUGCCUUUGUCGGCAUUGGAAGGUGUGAUAUCCGCAGCUUAGAGUUAGAGCAUUUACCGAGAAUUCGAGAGAUCGGUAGUUCGAGUCCACUCAGUAGCUCCUGUUUUGUUGUGUAGAUUCCUCGUUUACAUAUGCUUAUAAUUAUUAAGAAAAUUGCAGACCAUGUCAAGUCCCGCACAGUUGAACAUAAAAAUUCUAAAAGAAGCAUAAGUAAAUGCAGUAACAUUGGUUCUGAUCAGCAGUUUGUAGCAAUUUUAAACAGAUUAUAAGCCACGUAAAUGUUUUCGAAAAACCUGCUCUAAAGAUAAUUUUUUUACCCACAAAGAAAUUUUGUUAAAUAGGAAAUAUUUUUCCCCAUUUAGUUAAAAUAUCCUCUAUCAAAAAACAAACCCUAGAAAAUCGAUUUAAAUCAAACGUACCUAUGUUAUACACUUAUUCAAAGCAGCACUGAUUUAGUACACCUUUCAUUCAAAAACCAGAACGCGUUUUAAAUACCAUUUUUCGGUUUGAUGGACAUUGUAACUUUUGCUUUCCAUCAACGGGCAGAAAAGAAACGGACCGAAAAAUCUUUUACUCUAUGGCUCAAAAAAUACGCAAGACCAAAUAAGCUUCAUUGAAAACUAACUACCGUCCAACUAAUUUGAAGGUGAAAGUUUAUUUAGCGUGAAAAUCCUCAAUAGCCGCUCAGCGGAAUAAACAUACAAACUUAGUAUGUAGAAGUUAACCGAAUGUAGAUAGAAAAUUUUCAUUAUUUUUAAAAUCGACAUUUUUUUCAAAUUUUUUGUAAUAUUGUGGAUGUGUGAGCUUUGUAUUGAAAGUUGCGCUGAAACUAUCCCAAGCACAUUAUGUUACUAAGGAAUUUUUGUAGUUUGGAAGGCACACUGGCAUUCUAUUGAGAUUGCAUGCUACGGAGCAAUAGUGAAGAAGAGCCGUUGUAAUGUUAAACCGUGCCGUAAUGCCCAUAUUCCCUGUGCUCAAAAUGGUUGGAUCUUCACGAUCGGCGUAAUUGACUAACAAAGACGUCAAUGAAGUAAAAGAAAACUGUCCUGACUUUUGAAAAAUACUGGCAAACAGUCAGAAAAUUAGGCUAUUUGCAACGCAGACUCAAACGUGCUCUAAAAGUGGCUCGUGAGGUAAUGUUUUUCAAACGGGCUACCCUGAAACUCUGAGAAACGUUUGCUGAAAAGCUGCUUUAGUCACCAUAUCCAAUCGGCAAAUUAGAAGAUAGGUCAUCCAGUAUUAAAAUCAUAUCAAAUUCAAACCUAAGACAUUUUCGGACUCCUGGAGGGUGAAAUUGAACUUGAAUUGGCACAAAGAAUAGAAAGCCUUUCCGCAUUAUCGGGUAUUCCGAGGAAUUUCUUUGUGGGCAUGACUUAUGUGGGUUGGAUUUCAAACCAGAAAGGUAAGUCCUCUAAACAUAUAAGCCAUGCUAUUCUGAAAGUUGGCAACAAACAUCGCAUCGGAAGGACCUUCACUUGUUUGCCUUGUUUGUUCAGUGAACUAUAAGGCAACUCUGUGUCGCCUUGGGGCUUUGAUUUCAAGUUCACUCAAACGGCUAAAUAACAAAAAGCAAACGUUAAUCGCGAGGUAUUACAGAUGAAAAGUGGACUACGUUUACCAUUUCUGCAUUAGUUUUGUGGAGCAUAUUGUUCAAACCUCUAAGAAGAUGUGAAAUGGCCUUUUGUCUGGCAUCUUUAGAGCAGACUACUGAGUUUGUUCUUUAUGUAGACGGAUAAACACCAUGGGGAAGUGUGUUUAACAGAAAAGAUGCGUCCGGGUAGAGUUAAAAUGAGACUGGGAAAGAUUUCGACAACAUAAUCACCACUACAAGUUUUCCAUGUGGUAAACAGAUGCUUUACCGUUAGUGAUACAAAUGAAAAAUGUUCGUAAUCAGGCGGUCGGUAGAAUAGGUGAAGGAGAACUUCAUUAAGGUCAAAAAGUGCCAAGGUAUGCUGAGCCCUUUUACCACAGAGGAAGUAGUUAACGGCAUCAUGUUUUUUUCAUUAAACCAUUAACGUAGUCACAUUAUCGGGCACCUGUACCCAUCGGCCCGUAGGAACUGGUUGCUGACAAAGUGGUAUAGUUUGAGAUUCUGACAGUAUGAAUGGACAUGCCGACUAACUCGAAUUUUGACAUUUAAACUCCUUCUAGCUGUCUGCGAUACUUUGUUAUCUUGUUUUUACAGUAACCACGGAACUAUCCGCCAACGCAGGACAAAGGUUUCCUAUUCAGGAGAACGCUACUGCGUCAGCAGGGGAUGCAGGCGCAGCAUCUGUACCCGGAGGCCCUGUAGAAAGUCAGGAGCUCACAUUCAGUCCCUCUUCAUCUUUCACGCAGGCCCGACGAACUGAUGGAACCGCAAAUAUACUUGCUAGCCAGUUCAAUCUCCUCUCCAGCGAACCGUACCCCUUGUCCUCUGAGCAACCGCUGUCUCCCCAGUCCCCGAGGCCCGGUGUAGGUCGCGACUCUCCUGAACAGGUUCGCUUUCGUCAGUCGGGCGUAACGGAAAAGCGAAUCCACUCUCAUACGCCAUCCGCGGAGGAGACUGCAGGUCUCCUGGUAGUCAACGUGAUUGCCGGAAGUGGUCUCAAGACCUCACAGAUGCUCCUGCGGGACCUCUACUGUGUUCUAGAGACGGACUCUGUACGCAAGGCACGCUCUAUGAUCCGGACUAAUACGGACUUCUUCGAGUGGGAUGAAGUUUUUGAGAUUGAAAUCGAAGAAAGCCGCUUCCUUUCCCUCCUCGUUUACCAGUGGGACCCAAGAACUCGUCAUCGGCUUUGCUUUUACGGUGGUAUCGAUUUGCGCUCCUUUAUCAGGCAACGGCGACAGUUGCUGUCCAUGAAUUCAGAGUCUGAAUUCAGUCAGCAACAACAGCAGCAGGCGGGAGAGCCCGAAAACAAACCUCUUACAAGUCCAAUUGUUGCCAAUUCGGCUAUUCGGUUUGAAAAAAUUGCCCUCCAAUUAGAGCCCAAAGGGAUUAUGUACCUCCAAAUGGGCAUUCUUCCCUUGAAAAGCCUCUAUGUAAGGCGAAAUUUCACCAAUUCCUACGAGGCAGGCCUCUUUGGUGUAUCGCUUGAUGAACUCAUGUACAGAAACAGACUCCUUACAGACUUGCUCCCGCCCCCCCCUAAUGAUCAUUUGAGUCACGCUGUGCCGCUCUUAAUAAGGAAGUGUGUGGAGGAAGUGGAUCGGAGAGGCACCGAUGUCGUCGGCAUCUACCGGCUUUCCGGUUCUGUGUGGAUGAAACUACAGGUCCGAGAACUGCUCACAAGGACAGCAGACAAGAUUAUUCAGGGCAUAUCCAAGCAGAAUGAAAAGGCUGUCAAGGUCGCACUGGCUACCCUCGAUCUCUCGGCCGACUCUGUUCCAGACAUACAUGCAAUAACAGGUAGGACAUGGCCAGUCAUAAAUAGCCAGUUUGUCAUAUAAGCAAGACCUAACCUGGACGCACGGAAUGUGUCUCCUUUGUUUGCCCAUUGUAAAUUCUGCAGCAGUUGGCAAGCAAGAAUAUUAGAGUUGGGAGAAACAGUGGCAUAUGCAAACAUUUCCGUUAGCUGCACUUACUGUGUACUUCACAUUUGCUCCCGUUAAUCCCUUAAAAAGUAAAAAUAUACGUGGCAUAUACACAUGGGCGCGUUCAGUAGUUUAAGAGAAUCAUUCGCAAAACUGUGGUAUCUCUAUAAAGCAAGAUAACAAAGAUUUUUCUCUACAUCUGUCUGAUGACACUUAAAGUGUUGAGGUAAAAUGUUAAGAAGGUCGUCCAUACAAUCAAUAUAUGUCUAGAAAAGUCCAUUUUAUUAUUCGGAGUGUUUCAGUUGGAAUCGGUAGUUCAAAUAUAUAUUUGCUUAUGACUCACACAUCGCAAAUGUUAAACGCAUAUCGGAACUAUUCUUUAACGCCACUUGAUAAAUAUUCUCUAAGUGUCUUGAGUCGUUAAUCAAAGUUGUUAGCUAAGAUUUCCUGGCUUAGGACUGGGUGAGGGCGGUAAGUGAACUAAAUAUGCUCAUCCCAGCACUGGUUAUUCAAUCGCAUUUUCGUGUUAUUUGAAAAAUUGAUUUUAAAUCUCGUAUGUCACCUUAUGAAGAUGAAAAUGCAUUCAAUCGCCUGGGGAAGACAACAGUGCGAGUGAUUUUGGUGCGAGUAUAGGUAAUUGUAAAAUUAACAGCAAACCAAAGAGCAAACGUAUGUUCUCGAAAUCCGCUUUAAACUAUACAAGCCACGAAACGCUCCACAUAUCUUAGACGGUUUGUUUCCAGAAGCCAACUUGUAAUCCGCCGUUCGUCUAAGCUCAAGGAAUAAGGCCGUAUACCAGAUAAAAUAGUGCCCUGCGAUAAUUGAGCGUUGACCGCAGGCCACCAAGAAAACGCCGAAGAAAUUUAAUCAGAGAUAUUCUGUGACACAUGACCUACCAAACAAUUGCCGACGUCAGGGUGUGAACUACGCUUAAGGCUAUGAAUGGAGCAGGAAAUGCCCAGCUGUCGUCUGCAGUGUCAUGAUUUGACAAGGACCCACAAAUAGAGUGAGUGAACGAUCUCAUGUAGUGUUGGCUGAAAUUCUGAAGUGAGUUUUCGGCUAAGAAGGAUUACUUAGACGCAGUUAUAAUACUGAUUAUAUUGCAGCAUAAUCCUAUAAUAUUUCGGACUUUGCAGGAUGUCAGCUUCUGAAUGCAGUGCCUUUCAAUCUUAAGUAGAAACCGCAUUCGGUAAAAAAUGGCUACUUAGGUAGCACGCAUUUUUCAAAUUGAUUUUUGGUGGUUUUUUUAAAUUCAAAUAAAUUUUAUAGAAACCACGAACGAAAAUCUGCUUUCUUUCAGUUGUCUGAUAGAGAAAUACGUUAUUUUAUAUUUUACACUUGAAAAGGACUAUAAUUCGAUUUAAAAUAGUUUUGUAAUUCUGGAACAAUUUGGGGCUAGAUCACAGUUGGUAGCCAGGAAUGGGGAAGGGCGACCUUAACCCUAAUUCUAAUCUUAACCUUAACCGUAACCUUAACCCUAAGCGUUAACCGUUUACCCUAACGACAACCUUAACCCUAAGUUUAACCGAAAUCGUAAACGUAACCGUAGCCCUUAGACAUAGACCUAACUAUAAAACCUAACUGCAACACUGAAGCCUAGUCAUGAACUCAAACCCUAACCGUGACCCGAAAACCUAAGCCUAAAGAGCAUAACUCUAACCCGAAAAUCGGACAUCAUUAACCGAUACCCUUAUCCUAACCUCAAACGUAAAACGGAAGCCAAAUCGAUCAGAUGUAAUUAUGCACCCCCCCAAAAAAGUCCCAGUAAAAAAACCCCCAGCCACCUGUAAUAGGGGGCCUGGCUACCAACUGCGAUCUAGCCUAAUUUGGAGCCCGAUCAGUCGUUGCAUUAGCGCUUAGUGAUUUCAGUUUGAAAGGUGCAUGCGUUCCGCACAAAGAAAAUCCCAUAUUCUUCUAUGCCUUUAAGAAGAUACCAUAUGGGAUCCACAAAACUUUGCAAUGGAUGCGGACCAUGCUGUGCAUUUCACGAGGAUCAGUAGUAAACGGACAAGUACGACGCUGUACGAAUGAACAUUGCGCGGUCUUAAAAAAUCUCAUAAUUAAAAACAUUUAAAACCUAUUUAUGCUCCUUUUUCAAGUAGAAAAUAUAAAGAAGACGUAGUUCUCUAUCAGAAAACUGAAAGAAAGCAUAUUUUUGUUCGUGGUCUCUAUAAAAUAUAUUUGAAUUCAAAAAACCACCGAAAAUCAAUUUGAAAAAUGCAUGCCACCCAAGUAGUCAUUUUUUACCGAGUACGGUUUCUACAUGAAAUUGAAAGGCACUACAUUCAGCAGCUGACAUCCUGCAAAGUCCAAAAUGUUAUUUGGAUUAUCUUGCAAGAUAAUCACUAUUAUAACUGCGCCUAAGCAAUCCUUCCUAAUCGAAAACGCUUUGCCAAAUUCUAGCCAACAUUUCAUGAUAUCGGUAACUCACUGGACCUCACACAGGCUUCUAUUAUCGACAACAAUCGGCUGGGAAAUCGUAAAUGUCAACACACCUCGAGAGCAGCGAAUGAUUCGGUCAAGUAUACAUUUUUGCAGACGGUGUAUUACCCUCACAAUACUCACACCAAAAAUGCUGUUGACGAAACCAAACAUGUCAUCCGCCUCUUUUAUUAUUGCCCAUGAUAUUUGCGGUGGUGGGGCUUCGGAAUAUGCUCCCGGGGCUCGCCAUGUGAAUUCUGGCAUAAAGCAGCCGCCAUCGAUUUUGCCGCUAGUCCGACGGCAAGUCAACUAAAGACACAAUCGUAGGGCGUUCCCCUUUUUAGUCAGUGAUGUCAAUCAGCUGGUCUUUGCAGAUGCACCGACCUUUGUACUUGGAGUGUUCAGCAAGUGUUUGGUAGCCUUUCGGUCUUCUGAACCUCAGUAAUUGGUUCCAGAGAAAGUUGGAUGGGGCCAGUCAUCUUGAUCAAGUAGUGUCCGCCAGUCCACUUAACUAUUAGCAAUAAACAAUUUUAGUGGCGUGCGUAAACUGGAAGUUUAUACUAAGUUCGCCACUGCGCCCAUACUCAUUUCCGGUUCGUUUUUAUAUUAUCCUGAUCUUGGAAAAGGGGUGCGGAAACAGAGGAGAAUAGAUAAUGUUACUUUUACCUCCACUAUAGAAACUCAAAUGUGAUUUAUUGUUGUUGCUACUGAGUCAGUGUCGGUCAGCGUUACUUGCAGCAGGCGGAAUAUCGUAUUCACGCUAUUCAUAAUUCAUGGAGUUCACUGCCGCAAGUCCUUGAUCCGUUGUUCAUUGGUACUAAUUUCGCUCCGAACCAUUUUCCACCAUCGUUUUGCAUUUUGAAAGCCAGUUGUUUGCGAAUACGUUGUUCGACAGAAAGUGCAAUUUUUAUUAUUGGCUGAGUUCUGGACGAAACAUCGUCUUAUUGACUCACGAGGCUAAAAAUGUAUGGCGGCAGCGUAGCUGCUUGCUAGGUAUUACGAGGCAUCCAUUGCUGAAUUUGCCAAAAGAAGCAAACAGGCGUUCCAGAGAGCAGUUCAGAAGAAGAAAAUGCGAUCACUGGAACAAGACGUUUAUUGGCCUGACGUUAUGGAUUCUCAUUCGAACAUAUCGUCUGAGGUAUUUUCUGGUGAUACGUUGGAGUGAGAAUCGGAAAUGCCAGGGCAAUAAAUUUUUUGUUCCAGUGAUAUCAUCAUCAUCACCAUCAUUAUCAUCAUCAUCAUCGUCAUCCUCCUCCUCCUCCUCCCCUCAUCAUCAUCAUCAACUUCUUCUUCUUUUUCUUCUUCUUUUUCUUCUUCUUCUUCUUCUUCUUCUUCUUCUUCUUCUGAAUUGCCAUAUUUACCAAGGACACCGAAAAGACUCGUAGACAAGGCUUCGGAUUGUGUCGGUACGGAAGUAGAGGCAGACGGCGUUGAGGGUGACAAACUUUGCGUCUCAUGGGUUUGAUUCCACGCUUUUAAGAUGGUUAAAAAAGACUAUAUGCUGCCGGAAAUUAUUUGGAGUUCUUAGACAAUCAACUUAGUAAGAUGGGUCAUUCUUCUGCUGAAAAAUAUAUUGUUUAAUGCUUUUGAACUCUAAUCGAAUCCUGUGAAGUUCUGUGCAAACAUCCCAAAGGAGAUUACUCAUAUAUACUUAGUUUUCUGUGUCGCUCGCCUAAACUAGCCUGCAGCGUGUCGCUUCACAUCCGCUGUUCGGUCAGUGCAUGAUGUUUUUUGAUGUCAUAGCGUUCCCUACUUGUAGUCCGCCCUCACGUGGUCUGAAUUAGAGAAGGAUCUAGUCCUUAGGCCACAAAACUAAGAAAAUUAAAGGAUUCGGAAGAUUACCUGGCAGGCAUACGUUUGACUUCGAUAAAUUCCUCUCAGGCCAGUACGUUUAUACGGGAACGGGAUACAAGUAAAACACGUGAGGGAUAAGAUACAUCGAUUAAUAUUUGUAUUUUAAUACUAUUGGGUGUGCGAAUAGGGGGGAAGAGUAUAAGGGACAGUGAGUUGUGAACUAGUGAAGGUUAGGACGGGCCAUGUCAGAGGGGGAGGGGAAGGAGCGCACAAGAUUAUAUGCAGUUAAUCGGCCUUUGUCAUGGUAUACACGGGGCUUGCACCUGGUUUUUCUGUGUGCACAAAACCAGCUUGCGCAAUCGCAUGAUGGAGGAGAGAACGCUUGAGGUGUACUUUCCAUAGCCAGCCAGUCACAACUAAACUCCAGAAUCGUGAAUGAUUGCCAGAUUCCUUAUUUAUUCUUUACUUUCCAAAGAGUCCCGGUUCAGGCCUCUGAUUGUCCUUGUUUAACUCUGAACAAGGACUGACAGUGGCUGUCCUAACCACCCCUUAUUAUUGUUAGUCAUGAGUGCUCGCCAUUUGAGGCCAUCUGGGAGGGCUCUAGACUAGAUCGAAAAGGAUGAAAUCCUGUAAUAUGGGUGGUUCAUUGUACGCAGCUCCCAUAAGAUGAUACGUCUAUUCAAACUAUGUGUUUCCUUUGCUGAUCGCUCCACCGAUCUUGAUUUUUAAACGCUGGGCAUAGAGUAAUGGCACCACCUAUAUUAAAUGCCGAACUGAUUUACCUGUUGACCUGACUGAGGUUUUGUCGAUGUUGCUUCUAGGGACGCCAACAAUCAACCUCUUUAGUGUUUAGAAAGGUAUUUCCAGUUCAUUCAGCAUGGUAGUGAUCGUGGCAAUGUAAAGAACGAUGAUAACUUGCAAAGGCGGCAUAGAACCAAGUGAGCUUCGCUUCGCUCUGCCAUAACGUUGGUGAUCUGACAGUGUAAAAUGAGUUAAAGCUUCCAAUUUAAAGCGAAUUGUAAGGUCCGGAGUGGAGAUCCUGAGAGAACGUGUAGGUAAAAGUACAAUCCUAUAAGCGCACGCAAACGCCCUGGACCACUAAAACCUCUACAUCCAGAUUUCUAUUUUGCGAUGACGUUUGCGCUUAAUAUAAACUGGCAGGCUCAGCUAAAAAUCGGAUAAUUGAACUGCAACUGCUGCAGAGGUCAGAAUCCCUGAAGGAGACCUGUAUGUAGCCGUGUACUUCCUGAAAAAAAAAUAGGUUGCAACGUAUUUUACAAAUAUAAAAUAUCUUAAAAGUUACUUCGAAGUCCACAGGAAACAAAACUGGCAGUUCAGCGACGAGAGUUAAAAUCCAGCGUACAGCAUGAAUCUGCGUCCAUAGGCCUCGCAUUGUGGUUUGAGAGCUCUGUCCGUGACAGCAUUGGUAAGCAUUUUAGGCUGAUGAUGUGGUCAACAAGGGAUGUGUCCCUUGAAUACUCUUUCCCUCUCCACUAUAUACUACUCGGCUAUGUUAUCUCAAAUCACAGGCACAUCAGUAAAAUCGGCAGCCUCUUCCUCCCCAUGUCUAAUAAUCUUUCAUAUUUUCACUAAAGCCUUUUUUGUAGUCUAUCUGUGUAUGGUUGUCGUGGCUGUUGCCGUCAGCACCUUCUUAAUCGUCUCCCUCCGCUUCGUCACCACCACCACCACCACCACCACCACCACCACCACCACCACCACCACCACCACCACCACCACCACCACCACAACCAAAACCACCAUAAUCAUCAUCAUCAUCAUCAUCAGCAGCAGCAGCAGCAGCAGCAGCAGAAUCACCAUAAUAAUCACGUAUACCAUCCCUUCCUCCACUUUUCUGCCUUGCCCUCUUUUAUCUCCUUCUCUCCUCCUCCUCCUCCUCCUCCUCCUCCCUCAUCUUUUACGAUUUCUUCUUCUUUCCCCCGCUUCUCUUUAUCUUCUUUAUUUUUUCCUCGUUACCAUAAUAAGCAUCUGUAGUUCAUCCAUUUUCUUUCUUCAGUAUUUGCCUCCUCAUUCGUCAGCUGCCGGCACUUGUGGCCUUAGUCUUGCUUAAGUUCGUAUUUAUCACAACCAUUAUUUCGGUGUUUGUCUUCUCCUUCUUCCUCCUCUCAUUCCUUGGACGAUUUCGAGCGUAAGCGAUCCAUGGAGCAUUUGUAUGGACUCAAGAGAGCUUCAGAUUUCGAACUGAAAGGGUCUGUCAGGGAAAGGAUUUUCUUCGCUUGCUAAAGACAUGGAUAAAAAACAUAUUUUUAGUCAGUUAAACCUUAGUAUCAGAACAGCUGACCGACCAGCGUUUGUGAAACUUUUCAUUAAACCCCCGUUAAAAAUUUAAAUAACAGUUUCAAAUUUGACCAGGAAUAGAAGAAGCAACGUGGCCUUAUAGAAUUAUAAGUUAUCAGGUUGUUUCUUACCUGGAGUUCGUUUUCCUGUAUUCAAAAGAUUACCGUUAGUACAGAACUUCGCCUCUUUAAAUUUGAUUGUAUCCAACAAUACAUUCAUACUCUCUCUAAAAGCUUUUUUGCUUUUUAAGUUAAAAGCUACUCGUUGUAUCCUUGUGCUGCCAGAAUCAUCAAUGCAAACCCAGUUGGCAUUGUAGUCAACCAAUUCUUCAACUACGAGAAAUUUUCGCGGAAAUUCAUAUGAGACCGUCAUUUUAGAUGCGCGUUCGACGAGUUAAAUUAAAAACCUUAUUCGAAUGUUCCGCCAGAUUAACAAAUCAAUUAUGCGAUUGUUCAACCGUUAACAUGCGCAGGUGCUGGACACUCGUUAUGCGAGCCGUCUGGGUGUCUUCUCAUCGAUAUGGUAAAAUAUUCCUUUCGUGGGGAAUUAAAUUAAGCUCUAUGUCUGCUGAAGUUACACUAACUACUAUUGGUAAAACCAGUCAAGUUUGCUUCUCCCUCUCGAUUUUGAACCCAGGAAUAACUUUCUAUUCGUCUCUACUGAUUCUUCCUUGCCUUGCCGGGUAAUGCAUUGAACGGCAUCACACGUGAGGAAAUGUCCAGGACAAAGUUAACUACGACGAACAUAGAUCUUUCUGUGGCCACGCUUUAUUUUAUGCUCUGUUUCUUUUGGUGGAAAGUUAAAUCACUAGAAGUUCAGCGGUAGAAGAUUCAGUCAGAGAGCCUGGAUGAACAAUGUUUGAUGAAUGUAAUUCGGCAAUAAAUUGGUGCAUUCGAAAAAGAUCACAGUUGGCCAACUGAUUAUGGGCCGAUUCAGUUAGGAAAAAGCGUCACAUGAAUGACACUACAGACGCGCAUAAAAAGCUUGGUAGUCUCCAAAGUCAGCCCUGUCUACGAUCUCUAUGAUCGAAUCGGAGAAAUAAAUCACCCGGAUUGGAACGACUCAGAUCAACGCCAGCCAUGUGGAUUUAAUCAAGAUUCUAUUUUACCGCCAGUUCCCCCUACACAGACUGUUGUGUUUCUCAAAGACGAUGGCUUACAAACUUUUAUAUAAUCAACAACCCUAGUCGUUUUCUAUAAUUAUCUGACAUACUAAUAACUACCGUAAUUUUAUGACUCAAGCAGGUUUCAGUGUUAUAUGGCAAGACGGUUUAGUCUUCGGCCAGAAUAUACCCCUGAAUUUAGUAGAAUCUUUCAAAUGAUUAUUUCAGAAUAUAGAGUACUCGUCUCAAAAGUGGCUUUAGAUCCUAUUUAAAAGGUAAAAAUAUGGGUAGACUAAACAAACUAUUUUUUACGUGCGUCUAAGGUAAAUGAAAUCAGAAAUGCAUCUUAAAAUUAACUACUGAGUCGUUUAUCCGUCUCAACAAUUCCUCAAGGUAAUAUAGGCCAGCAGGGCUUAUUUGAAAUCCUAAUCCUAAAUUUCCCUAGCACAAUCUCUAUUGGAUUAAGCUUUAAGAAAUCUAUUUUGUCUUUUAAUCAAAGUAAUUUACAGCUUGCUAUGUUCCUGAUACUUUAGGGAGUCAAAUGCACGCAAAAAACAAUUUACUGCCAAAAUCACCUAGAAAGAUCACAACAUUUCCAAAUACUGCUUAUGGACGUAAAGAAGCGGCUGCAUAUGACGCUUCUGAUCAAGACUGAGUAGGUUAACUCGGUGCCAGGGAAAGAAAUAUAAAACGUCUUUUUUACAUGUACGAUAUGCUAGCCUAUAAUAGUUAACAAUUUUAAGUUGAUUGUAGUAUCGUCAGAAGACAAUCGUAUAUUUUUAAGGGAGAUAAGUUCGCCAAAAUUUAAAAAAUACCAUCCUAAAUACAAUCCACUCCUUAAAUGACGAGGGUACCGGGUCGAACUUCAAAUUUACUGACUUUCAGAUACGUUUUGUCUUAAAAUUUUGAAUCACAGCUACCCAGAAAACGAAUUUUAUGUUGCUAUUUCCUAUUACUUGCAAAGCUACUCAGUUUGUAAAAUGAAUGUAAGGUUGGGAAGUGAUUCACGCCUUUUUACUGAUUUUGCAGACGACAUUUAUAUCAAAAAACUAAAACAUCAAUUGGGUUUACGGUUCUAACAUCGAAAUGAGUGUGGUAGAUUUGUCAAAAGAAAUUGAAUUUAUGGGCACCAAUACUCAGUUUUCCGAGACUCAGCAACUGGCAAUUAAGGCCUUUGUGACUAAAACUGGGACGCUUUUUCGACAGAAGAAAAAGUAGUUUGUUUUAACCGGGCAAAAGGCACUAUGUCUUUCAGGUGCAAAAAUAAUGAAGCCAUUUUUUGAGAAGUACACAAGUUUAUUAAUGUUUUCGCAGACUAUGAUCCAAAAUUGCGUUAAGACACACAACGUAACCAGCAGCACCACAUAACAGUUGUCUAUCGAUUGAAAAACUAAAAAAGGUGGACUUAUCCAUUUUCAUUCAGAAAAUUUUAAACGAAAUAAAAUUUAUCCGGAAACUGGCCAUUUUGAUCAAUUGCCGAGCAAGUUAUAUUCUCCUCUUAUAAGAUAAAGAGACCAGAAACGUGCUCCGUAUUCGCAAGAUAGCUUUCGCAAUAUCGGUUAAUAGAUAUGCUCGGAGAAAACUAAAUUGGUAGAGCAGUUUAUUUAGUGUACGAAUACGAUAUGUUCGGCACUUUAUGCAUUGCUUUGACCAGUACCUGCAGUACUUACCGUUUUUCUAACACUGAUAAAAGAGCGGCCUUUUUCACUUUAGAAAAGGAGAAGUUGACUGACGGGAAACUUUCGAGACGGCUUCUGCAUUACCUACUUUCGUGAAGUAGCCUGCAUAACAAAUGAAGAAGGCACGGGGAAUUUUAAUUAGUCCUGAGAAUUGAUGCACAAAAGACGCUAGUUGAAAACAUGCGGUGUGUGUUGAAGCUCAUGAAUAAUCACCAAACUUCCUCAACGAGCUUUCGAAUGAAAGCGAUAGCUUAGGUGAGCUUUAACAUAUUGUUAGUUGGGACAAAGUCUUGAAUCGUUUCCUUCACGGACGCAGGUUGGUUGCUACCGCGUACCUCUCUAACCACCAGGGUAAAUUGCAGCAGGAGGAAUUCCUGACUCAGAGGCUGCAUAUGCGCUUCUUCUUCGUGUGACUAAAAGCAAUAACAUUAUUGGUAACAGUUUAAAAGUGGGAAUAGCGGAUACUGGUAUCAACCGAUACCAUAUUCUAGUGAUAUAGCGUAGUUGAGAUCGCUUUGGCUCUCCAUCGCUAGAAAAGUCGCGCUUUGUAACUUUAUUCUUCAGUUGCGGCAGGCGGUCACUAUUCAUAGGGAUAGGUUGGGGCAAUGUGUAAUAUCUCGUGCCCGUACGGCACUUUAUUUUCCCGUUAUGCAAGUUCACGCAAAAUGACCAUAAAAUCACAGUGCAGUGUGAAUUUCUUCCCAAAUUACUACUUUUUAUUUGCAGCAACCGUCAAGGACUUUUUCCGGGAGCUUCCCGAACCGCUCUUCACUAAUGCCCUCUAUCCAAUGGUCUACGAAGCCACUCAAGUAGCUGGGCCGGGCGACUCUCACAUGGGAACAAAGCUCAUCCUUAAUAUUUUGGACUGUCUUCCAACCUCAAAUCAAGUGAGUCUCUCAUUCUCAUAAUUGAUUUCAUGUUACUUCAAGCAGCGCAUUUAAAAGUUCAUUUCAAAUUAAGUAAUUUAAAAUCACACGUAUGGCAGAAUAGGAUUGACAUAUUUGCAAUCCGCGUAAAUUGACUAUUGUGUUUCGAGUAAAAAUCUCUGGAGACGGUAAUCCAGAUUUCAUUGAGCAUGAGUUACUCACACGGAAUAGAAUUUAACCACACAGAAGCCCUUCAAAGGUAGUUUUCUGGGUUUAUUUGACACUGAAAGUGCAUCUACGUUUUGAGGUUUAUACAAAAUCCAAACCUCAAAAUGGCAAGCCACGAUGCAUAGGCACGUUUAGACCAUUAGUUUUGUGAUAAAAAUUGGGAGAUGGCACCCAAAAAAUUCCGUUACCGAUGAGAAUAUGCCGGAGGACUGCAUGAGUGUUCGUCCACAGGCUGAUGAAAGGAAUAAAAUAAGGGUAUUUUACUGAGGGCCGGAAAACUUAAAAAGCAAACAAUCCUAGACAGACGGUGUCAUCAGCUAAGCAAUUUCACAAAAUGGCAACUCUCGUCGGGGUCAAGUGCGGCGGUGUUUUCAAUCACGUUCUCUGUGUUUAUUGAACGUGCAGUUUUGAAAGCGAGGAUAUGAAGGCAUAGGGUCAUGAACAGCACAACGUAGAACGUUUCUUUUAGCCAACUGCAUUCCGCUUUCAAUCCCAUAUUUAAAAAAGCAAUUAAGCAGGGAAUACGAGCUGGAUCGACUUCAUAUUAUCUGCCUCUUCAAGUAAAUCCGACACCGCGUACAUUUUUGUUGCCAUAUAGUGAUGAGGUUAAACUUUAUCGUUCGAAAAGCCAUUUCUGAAAAAACUUUUUAGUAUUAUUUAUAUUCAUCCACGCAAUCGAAGGCCCCACCCGUAAAACCCCUAUUACCACCCGUCCCUUAAGACAGGCUGCUUUGGUUGGGCGGAUUUUUUGGGUGACAUCGCCCAAUUGUUACCCCAAGUGGUUUUAACAUUAAAUAAGACGUCCACAGUUAUCUGGAGAAAUAAAUCCAAUUUAAGCUAUAUGAGCAGCUGGAUAAUGAGAAAAUUAAAGUGGUAUUCUGCGAAAGAGAAAACGGCAAAAGAGCAUUUUACAAACCUAGCUCAGAUACUUCAAGUCGUGAGCCUUGAAUCAAGCACUCUAACGAAAAGUUCGUUUUCAUAAAACAGCCUUCAAAGUCUAGUUUCGUGACAGAUUUCCGAGGGAGUUUACACACUUUUACUUCAAAUCCGGAGGGAUAAUAGUCUUUUCUGUCAGAAUGGUUAUGAAAAGACGAAAAACUGUAAACGCCACAUCAGAAUUAACCGUCAUUGACAGCCGUUCCUUAAACGCCGACCAGAAGGAUCAAGGAUUGAAGUAAGGUCUGGUCGCCGAGCAUUUGAUCAAUCCUUUGCAUUUACGGGGAUUCGCGUUCUUUUUAUGCCGUUGAAGGUGACUUCUGUAGCAUUUUGCAUUAUUUAUUACUCAUUGCCAUAUUGCUGCUUGUGGGACUUCUUACUGAAGGUUUUGGGUAAUGACGGACUGAUAAUGGCUAAAAAGCCAGUAGACGCUCUUCCCAUGUCCCCUUUUAUUUGUCGAUAAGAGCUUAGUUUGCUGGUAUUUGCUAUAUGGCAGCCUGUGUCGGCUGUAGGCUAGAACCCUAAAGAUGGCGGUCAGUGUUAUUUUCCUUGCAGCCGAGAUUAAUUCGUGAAUGCAACCCAUGCGUGGAAUUCUACCACGUCCACAGCUCCUAUUGUUAUGCAGAUAAAAUUUUGAUAAGUGUUUUGGGGUGGAGAUCGUCGCUGGUGGGGUGGAUUUAACUUUUGCAGCUCGGUUGAUGCGAUUCCAAAGGUGGCUCCGGAACAAAUAUUCUGAUGCGUCCGAACGCGUAGGCCAGCCUUCAGCCCAGAUUUAAGACAUUUGAGUGGUGCAAAGACUUUCUGUUAUGCUUUCAUGCAAUCGUCCAAUUUUACACAAUGGGUAUCUUAUAGAGUCCUGCGGUCUCUAAAAGUACACAAUAAAUCUAAAUUUUGUACAUGCAAACAGAAAUAUUUAAUAGGAAAUUAAACAUAGUACUGUGGUCCUAUAGCUGAUUUAACGAACAGUCGUUCAUGCUAUGGUAGCCUAAUAACUCCAGAAUUCUCCAUUUCCUGUUUACUCAGGCGAAAUUCUCAAGAGCUUAUUUAAAGUGACUUUGGUUUGGUGCCCCAUGAAGAAGAUACGUUUUUGCAUAUUGGUCUUGAUGAUAGUUAUCCAAAAUGAGAAAGUCUUAGCGAUAAUAACCAGAGAGGCUUGAAUGAUGUUUUGUUAGUUAGUUUGUUGUUGUCGCUGAGUCAGUCUUUGGUCAUAUGCCUGACGCUAAACUGCCGUUUGUGUAAGAAAUGGAUUAGAUUUCUAGACAAACCGAAAUGGCUGGCGGUUCGUCCUACUAUCCAAAAGGAUCGGUGAACGUGAACCCUUUAGGUCUUUGCAAAUCUAAGGGUCUGGUUAGUUUAAACUUGCGAAGUAACUCGGUAUGUAUGAAAGAUGGUCACUUACUGAUCACCCAUAAUUGCCUUCACUAAUACAAUGUUUAGCUUUGGGUGACGUUAGUUCACUGCUUGACUGCGCGAAUACACAACGUGUCAAAUUAUCUAAGUGAGUGCUGGAUGCAUACACCUCGUAAAACAGUGACUGACGGUCUACUUCGCAUUUUUUAACAAAAAUAACAGUCAUAUGACACAUACUGUUUAUUAGGUGCUUGGUUCAGUAUUUUUUCUCCAUCGACGUUUGUUGCUUUCAGCAAAUGCUUUGCCCAAGAGUACCCAAAAAUUGGCUUGUAGUCCUCGUAUGAGUUCAUGCAUGCUUCUAAUAAAAGAUGCACAAAAUAUUAACUUCUUGUGUAAACUGUGCAAAAUAAUAUGCUGCCCACUUUCCUUAACAAAUAAACGCUUUUAAAGUAGAAUGCACUAUAUCCAUGGUGUUCUGAGGUCAAAUUGCAUGUUCAUUUUAAAAGACGCACACAAAUCAUACGCUUCUCUUGUAAUCUAAAAUGAUUUCCCUUAUCACUUGACGAAUCUGUAAUGAAUACUCCUGGUGUCCAUAAAAUUGACAGAUGCACAUUACUUUGGGAAAAUUCUGCGCAGUGCUGAUAGAUCGAAGGAUCCUACGCUUCUCGAACAGUGUUGCUAGCGUAUUGGAAUGAUAAUCAAAAUAUUCUCAUUCCCUUGAAUACGAAAUGUGAGCAAUAUGAUAUUUCUUUAAGUUGAGCGUAUUAAAAUAACUUUUGGUGGCUUUCCAGGGAAAUACAUUCUAAUUGCCAGGGGUGGUUACGGCUAAAAUGUGUCCAAUGUAUCUGCACGCAGCCUUUUAUUAGCGUGAUUUAAACAGUUUUAUUAAAAAAUGCGCAAUGAACGGCCACCCUAUCCUCUGAAUGGGUCGAUUUCAGAUUAAAUUUCGUGCUGCCUACUAUUGCAACUUCACUUUAAGAACAUUAUAUAAUUGGAACUAUGCUCCAAACUUUUAAUCAACGUUUCAUUAGUCAUGGCCUGCUGGAGGCCCUGGAAACAAAUUAGUUUAAAACGACCCGACUGAUGCCUGUGACGCUCCUCCGUAUUGUUUUGCUUGAUUUUACGCAUUUGCUUUCAUCGAGCAGUGCAUUGUUGCCAGAGAACCGACCAGAAUAAGCUCAUUUGUGUCAGGAUAUGACCAUCCGUAAUCUCUUAUUUUGUUUCAGCGCAGGUCCGUUUAAACGGACUUAUCUUCUUUUGCUUUUUCUGCGAGAUCCACCACGCUUUUCAACCUUAGACCUGAUCGGAUAAACUGUGGUCCAGUACAUGCUUAUCCCCAUGUAAAAAGGUUUCUGUAGGUGAUUUACACCGAUAAUUAAAGGUGUCUAAGUGUCUUAGAAAUCUUGGCCAAAUGGACAAAAUUGUACUUGUGGAGCAGGCAACACAGUUCGUAAUAGCGAGGAAUAUUCGCUUCCAAUUGAAGUUUGACUGUGGUCUUUUGCUUGUGAAUGAUCCCUACAGUAUGCGCAACAUCAAAAACGCGUAAUGGAAGGAAAUAAAGAUUGUCUGAUUGUACGGUGAUGCAGCAUAAGCUGACGAUGAGGCUUUUGUUUCUGGCCGUGACGUUGGCUUGUGAUGCUGAUCUCUUCAACCAGAGACGUAUUCUGUUCUGUGACAUUUAAAACAAUAUGAGUAAGCUUUGUGUGCCAUUUGGAAGUUUUGCGCUUGUGGUUUCACCAAGGACAUUAACUAAGACAUCAUGGAGGACAUCGUGACCAGCAAAGACCGAUAAUUGAGAGAUCUAAACGAUAAUUUUGCGUUUUUCAGGAUUCUUGCUGUGCUCUUUGAGCAGAGGUCUUUGACCGCAUAUCCAGUGAAGCUGUCAAGGUCAUCUGAAGAACACUCUCUGGAAGAUCUGACGUUUUAUCUGACUGAUGACUACCCUCGCAUUCUGAACCGCCUAAUCGUCCUUAUUUGUGCACAAUCUCAAAAAUUCAUGAGGUGGACAGUUUUGGGAAAAGCACACCUCCAUAUGCCACAGGGAAACUGCCACAAGUGUUUUCGUGGAAUCGUAGCAUGCUUUUAUCCCUUUUGUCUAGUACUUCAUACUGAUUCUGUCUUUCCUAUCAGAUGAUUUCCGUCGCCUAAUCCAUGAUAAGAAUGCUAUAUAGGAUCACGUUUGUCCAACACUAUCAGUCACAAGUCCAUGGAACACAUUCCUGGUCGAUCUGUACCAAAGUUCUCGAAAGAAAAAGACGUAUCCGGCAAAUUUAGUUUCAUGUUCUUGUCCAUGUACUGCAUGCGCCAUUAGACUAAUUUAAUCAGCUAAUGGUCAGUUGAGUCCCUCACUGCAUUAGUGUAUACAUAUUCGUCUUGAACUCUAGGCAUACCGCCUGCUGCGGCUUAAGAAUCCCGGUAAGUAGAGUUCCUUCAAUCUGUGAGAACGACCCCGCUGUUUUGCGCCUCCUUAAUUUGACAUUUAAUCGACAGGCAAAUGCAGGAUAAGAUAACCUUCUUUUUUUCGCUAGGACGAUGGAGCUUUAGAAUUUCAUUCCACUAUCUGACGUUUUUACGGAACUUGUCACAACCUCCACUCAUAAUAUGAGUCACUAAUCAGCAGCAAAAAUCUAAUGAGGUUUCGAAUUUUUAAUAAUAUUUUUACUGAUUUUAUCAUUUAAGUUGCGAAAAAUGUAGGUAAAAAAAUCAGUCUUAGUAGCGUAGCUACGUUGGAAGGUUCACUAACUGAUGCCAACUGUAGCGUUAGGAAUCGAAUCCAGAUCAACUGCUUAAAUCUCCUGUUCCGUCUUACUUUUUCAGAGGAAUGCAUAGUCCUUUUCUUCAAGACGAUGAUUCCCUUCUGUAGCGUAGUUACGGCGACUACGCUGUGAAAGGGCUUUUUGCAGGCUUUAUAAUUCAAUUAAGUGUUACGAGUGCUCGAGGCUUUAGAGCUUUGGGAAAGUUCUUGUUUUCCAUGCGUUUUCUGCAACAGAGGCGAGCUAGUAUUCACUAAAAAGUACUAACCAGUAGAUUUGGCCUACAAGUAUACCGGACACAUUUUUUACGUCUAUAAUCGUCUGGAAGUGGAACACGUUGACUCCACUGAAGAGGUAAUUGACUUUCUAAAGGUUGCGCACUUUGGUCCUUCUUGUGCGGUCAGAGGCAGCGUUAGGAGAGCGCCCGGGAGGAGACUUGGAACAUUGACUGCCAGCGACAACCUCUAGCGCCUCUUACCAAACUUAGACUGCAAAAUGGAGACCGGAUGCUCGCCUCCGCUAUAAAACCUUUGAGAGAAGGGUUUGCAAGCACAAUCCUUAGCCUCUGCAUGUCUCACAGGAAUUUCUUCUAUACGUGGAUGGUAUCCUCCCAUAGCCCAAUUCGCCCGUCAACACGAUAUCCUAGCUACCAAUCUACUUGCAUUUUCGUAUCUAUGAGCACGCCUAAUUUAUUCGUUCUCACUGAUGUCGCGAGCCGAUUAGUGUUAGCCAGUCUGGAAGGUUUGACCGGCGCUCCCCCAAGACCGAACGCCCAAAGACCACACGCAUAUCUUGGCAGACGGGUCGAGUAAAACCGUGGUCGCUGAACGACUUGAUGAAGCCACGGGUAUAGACUCUUGGCGAAAGAAAUGAGCCCGCAUUAUUUCGCAUGUCACUCCAUGUAGAACGAGAACAAUCUUCUCCCUCUGUCCUUACCCCAGCCGGAAUAGCCUGUAACUCAUGAGAUUUUAGAACCUUCAUAAUAAUUCAUUGAUAAUCCUUAUAUGAAAAAGUAUGGCAGCUAAUGCUUGGUAUUGAGUUUUCCUGGAAGAUGGACCUUUUCACAAAUAAAUAGUUACUUUGUUCGGAUAGGAAGGCUACAUGAGUAGCCUUUGCUUUAACUUCCGGUAGAGCAUAAAAUAUGACACUACCCCAUUUUUCGUUUCCAAAGAAGAGAGUGGUUCGUAAACAGCUGUUUGAUGUAAUGGGACAGAUUGAAGAAAAUUGUUAGUGUUUCAUAUGAAUUUAUUCUGACUUUUAUUAUAGAAUUACCUGCAAUCAGCACGCUAUUACUCGUAGCGUCAAUAAAUCCGUAACGAGAGUAGUUGCAUAAUUAAAUAUUCGAUGAUUCCCGAUGUUUGCUGUUGGGCAAAUUAUGCGUGAUGCCGAUCAGCUGCGACGUUAAGAUGGCAAGAUACAGAAUAUGCAACUUUACCUAAAGUAAUGAAAUGGUUAUGACAAACUGUCUCUCGCAUUUGCAUUAACUGUCGUUGUAGUCUGGUUAAUAGUGCUCUUUCUUGACUGCUGACAAUUAGGUGACGAAUAAUGUCACUACCAUGCAUGUGUUGGAACUUAAAUUUAACUUUCAGACCCUCAAGCAUAAACUAUUUCUAAUAGUAGGCCAUGAAGUUUUCUUACAAUGAUUCUAUUGUAAACACCGUUGUGACGAAUGUGUUUAGCAUGCUCACCAAGCAGGACUCGCAUUUAAUCAGUUUGCAUACCGCGGGCAAAGAAACUGCAAUACGUGACCAAAGCGUUCAAUAUUUAGAGUUUGAAAAGUCCUUUAAACAAGUAUAAAUUACAAGGAGAACUGAAAGUUAUUUUAGUUACUUAUAAAUAUGCAUAACACAAGGUAAGUAUUAAAGAAUCCAAAAAUAUCUUAGUUGACCUAAGUGUCUUAAGCAAAGAAGCUGCCACAGAACAAUGUGUAGACUACCUAAAAUUGAAAUUACCUAAAAGAAAUUAAAUGAUUUCUUAAUAUUACCAUCCUUAUGUGAAGGUUGGGGUUAGCCAAAGUUUUCGUCCACGGUACUCCUGGAAGUCUAGUCCUAGCAGUCAAAAUAACGGCUUUUUUCUAUGCACUUCUAUCAUCAUUAGUUCACAUCUUCAACCUUUGCCAUUUUGCAUUACAGAGGACAUGUACUUGCAGGUGUUGCUUUUAGUGGGCGCAAUGUUUUAUGUACUUUUUCAGACGACAAAUUGUUUUAAUUUCUCAAAGCUUGCAGGAACUUUAGAAAUCCAAAGUGACUUCGGCACACUGCACAUAAGACUGUCAAAGUCAUCCUGAAACACCAAGCUUAUUGGUGCCUCAAAACGCUAUAGCCAACUUCUAACAGUGACGAAGUUCUCCGAUGUUACCUGGCCUUUCGCAAGCAGCGUUCAAGGAUUUUGUGUGAAAUUAUUCAACAGCAUGUUAUCAAAGCUAAAAAUAAUAUUAAACAUUUUGUGGUAACUAUUUAUUUCCAAUCAUAAAGAACUCUUCAUAUAAGCACAAGAAAGAACUUCGGAAACAGAAAUGAUGCAAGUUCGGAUUUUUUGUGAGUAUACAUGUUUUUGAUAGAGUAAGGGGCCUAUGUCUGACCUUGCACCUACAGUUAGCAGAUAAUAUUACGUACCUAUAAGGAUUGCGAUCUCACAUAACGUAUCCGAUUUUCUUGGAAAAUCUCUUUUAGUAAUUUUCUUUGAGUCAGAGUGUUAUGAAGUUUUUUGACCUACCGUGACUGCGGUGCAUUUGCAAUAUCGCCUAAAGCGGAGGCUUUCAAUCUUCAUAGAUGUCAUUUGUUGGCAUACUUUACAAGUACUUCGUUCUCCCGAAUCCCAAUUCACAGCCUUUCUGUAUUUAAAACGUCCAAUAAGCAGUGUAGUUAAAAAUUCCGGUUGUUUUGGGUGACCACAACAGCUGAUUAAUUCUAAAGUGCACUUUGUCAUCUGUAGAGUUCUAAGAAAUUUUCAAAAUCCUCUCUCUGAUCUGUUUAUUUUCUUUAUUGCCCCAUGUGUUUAAAGGUGUGAUGAAUGCAUAGACAUAUGAAUCAGGAAGGUUAAUUCACGACAUAUUUGCCGUUAUUACCUAACUAAACUGGGAGUCUCAUGAUUCGAUUCUUAUCUAUUUGUCAACUGGGCAUUGCGUCACAUAUUUCUGUUAGCGGCGAUAAAAAACAGCCGAAUUCUCAUAGAAGUGCCUGAACAUCGAUUCGAUAAUGGGAACACACCCCUCACACUUUUUGGCGGAAGCAUAACAACGAGCAAUCAAUUACAGUAAUGUGCUAACUCAUGAAAUGUCAACCAAAAUUUCGAAAUGCGUUCUCGCUUCGAAAAGAUAAAUUAAGUAGAGUUGUAAAAAUAAUCAUGAUGCAGCAUAAAACAAUAAUGAUCCAGGUACCUCAGGGUGUCGGCUUGCGAAAGAACUUAUUUUCGGCUGCAUGCAAGAUCGAUACUCUGCAAAAAAUGGCUACUUAUGUAGCAUGCAAUUUUCUCAUUGAUUUUCGAUGCCCUUGAAAAUUCAAUUAUAUUUCAUGGAAAAAAUGCAUAAAAAUAUUCCUUCUUUUACUUAUUCGGUAGAAAAUCACGUCUUCGUCCAAUUUCAUACUCAAAAGAAGAGUACAAUUCGGUUUUAAAAAGGUUUUAAUUGUGAGAUUUUUUAAUACCGUUAAAUGGCCGUUCAUGAAACGUCAUGUAUCUGCAUUUAUGAAUGUGACUUGUAAAGUUAACAAUAUUGCUCAAAUCCACUGCUCAAUUUUAUGAACCUCAUAUGUUCUUCCCUUAACACCGUACAGAAAUGCAUGGUUUUCCGUACACGGAAAAUAUACACUUUGUAGUUUUGAAACCCUGAAUGAAAGUGUAACAGCAGGUCGGGUUCAUAAUUAUUCGGGAAUUAGAAAAGUUUUUAAAACUGGAUUAUACUAUUCUUUUGAGUAUGAGAUUGGACGCAGACAUGAUUUUCUACCGAAUAAGUAAAAGAAUGAAUAUUUUUAUGGAUGUUUUCCAUGAAAUAUAAUUGAAUUUUCAAGGGCAUCGAAAAUCAAUGAGAAAAUUGCAUGCUACAUAAGUAGCCAUUUUUUGCAGAGUAUCGAUCUUGCAUGCAGCCGAAAAUAAGUUCUUUCGCAAGCCGACACCCUGAGGUACCUGGAUCAUUAUUGUUUUAUGCUGCAUCAUGAUUAUUUUUACAACUUUACUUAAUUUAUCUUUUCGAAACGAGAACGCAUUUCGAAAUUUUGGUUGACAUUUCAUGAGUUAGCACAUCUACUGUAAGUUGAGGGUAUAUUAGCAAAUACAAGGGAGACUGCAAAGGACAUUUUCUCUUUUUGGCUCUCACAAAAGGGAAACGUCAGACUAAAUCCGUUCGACCUAUGUUCAGCGCAAAAGUAGGUUAGGUUGUAAGCUCGGAGUUUAUGACGAUGAUAACUGCAGAAAAAUAUUGGCUUUAUGUUUAAUCCGCGUUCAGCAUAUAAAAGAUACUUUUUGGGUUUAAAAAGAUGUUCUUACUGAAAUUUAAUUAUUGAGCAUUCUUCUAAAGAGAUUUCAAAAAGGGUCCUUGGGAGAACAUUCGCCGAUGUAAAAAGCCUGAUUGAAGACCCUUUGGAGUUAAAAUUUAAAUUUUCCGAAAAUCGUUUUUCACCACUUGAUUUAUUUAGGUCAGCGCUCUUUGUGAACGACCUUAGUAGAUUGUGAAUGCGAUUCUGGCGGACAGCAUGCUCAUCCGGACUAAAUUAGUGCUUGACCCAGGCUGAUAUAAAGACCCAAGAACGAUCUGUUCUCCUGCGAAUCAGGCCGAGGUCAAAUCGCGACAGCUGUCACCUGGCAGGUUAAGUUGCUGCACUAGACACAAGUAGAUUUGCUUAAAAAUAGAAAGAUUUGUUUGCCGAAGUAGUUGUGGGCUAGGUGAAUACAUCUGUAAGCCUUCCUUUAAGUAGAUAUAAUAUAUGCAGUGAUGAUGACUUUUACGGAUCUAAAUAUAUUCCGGUAGGUUUUAUAAAACAUUUGAAAGAAGUUUCAAAACAUUUUUUGAAAUAGUCCCUUCCCCACUUGAAGAGGACUCUGUGACAAACUCAUACUGCUCAAAUGUUUUAAGUAGAACCGUUAGUUAGGCACAAUCCUCCGUUACAAAGUUAUUUCGGCUAACCCUCUUAAGCCCAAGCAUUAUUCAUCAGCGGAGGAGGUUUUUACAUAGUCAUAUACAUUCAAAAAUUCUCUUGUCAACUUCUUAAUUUAUCUUGAGAAAGGACUCAGUUGCCAAAUUUAAUUAAGGCUAAGAAUUUAUCUUGUCUAGAGUGAUUUGUGGGUUCGCUCCUCUCCGUCCAUUUCUUCAUUUGUCUUACGGAUAUUUUGAACGUGUUCGUUAAUAUUCGACCAGACCUUACCUGAUUUGAGCAAUUACCACUAUUUUGACAAAAAACGAUUCAUUUUGCCGUCUUAUUAUUCUCAAAAAGGAAUGCGAUGGCUUGAGGUUAAUCUUUCAGACUGAAGCUACAUAGGCUCAAUCGAAAUGAGUCGAAUUCCAUCCGCUUCAGCUGUAUAUCUACAGAAUGUUCCCAACUUCGAAUGGACUGCCACUAGUCUCUGCUUCCUGAUUGGCCAUAGUUCGUGUAUUACCUACCAGAAACCGCACGAGGUAAUGCUGGGAGACCCACUUAUGAACCGAAUUCCUCGCAGGUGUGUCAUGCAGAAGCAGAAUAUUGGCGAAACACACGUGUCUGGGCUUUUCGGUAGUACAUGUGCUGUCAGCCAAAGACGGAUUUCUGUACAGACGCAUUAAAACGUAAGGUCAAUUCUAACACAUCGUCUCUGUAAAAAGCAAAUUCCAGGAAGUCCCGAAGCGAUCUCAGAUAACAGCGAUUCUUACACUGACAAAACCGUGCCUGAAAAGAUGUGUCCAAAGAGGCAACUCAUGGCAGAGUUUGAAUUAAAAAAAAAAUCCAUCAGGGAAAUAUGGUUUGUAAACUACCUUCACCAAGCAGCGGUGAAAUCAGAACACGCAAUGGCGCAAGACGAGGUUUGCUGGUGUGGAUGUACUUUAACAUGUUUUAACACAAAUACGAAUAGGUUCAGAAGUACAAUGAAAUUUGGAGGCAGAAAUGGGACACUUUUGUGGACGCACAAUCUAUGGAUUCAUGUGUAGUGACGGAUGCAAAUAAUUUGAGCGCACACAAAGGCGGUCAACAAGUAGGUCACCUCAGAGUACGCCGACAUGGUUGUCGAGUACAAAAAGGGUUACCUAUGAGUUCUGUCACGGGGCACCAAGUGAACACUGACACUGUGGUGGAUACAACAACUGUAUUUAAGUUCCUUAUUCUGGCGAAAGCAUUGCCGUACGGAGAAGUAAACCAAAACGGUGCAAGUGAUUGUAUCACAUGUUCCGUCUCGCGCUGAUAUAGUAAUAGUCGAUAAGGGAAAUAAACUCAGCCCGUCUCCUGUUUCCUCACCUUCCACUUGACUGAGUAAUGUCACGUGCUGUGCAACCCUAGUCGCACGUGACGAAGUUUCGCCGAAGACAGAACUCACUCAUCUAUGCAAUUCCACCCUCCACCGCACCAUGUUCUCACACAAGUCGGAACAGAAUUUCCUGAGGCCAUUUACCUAUGCCGCCUGAUCAUUCCAGGUCGUUUUUCGUUGCUGUUCUCAGAACUUGAAUUUAUUUGAAUAAAUUUUCUCUUCCAUGUAAGCAAUCACAGUAUCAAGAUCCUGGUUAAUUAAUUGAUCAUUAGACACGUACUUCCAUUUUCUGGCCGCCCGCCGAAGCAUUAGCGUUCAACUAUCGCUGUAACCUUUGCUGCAAGCGAGGAACGAUUGUUCGACUAAUUCUGUCGGGAUAACUAGCCGACUAUUUCUGGGGCUAAAUAUUUUCCGUAAUUGCAUCCCUCAAGAUGUUUUUACGGAUGACAAAUAUUGUUUAAAACACGGUGUUAUCACUACUUAGAAGGAUUUUGAACAGUUUUAGAUAAGUCGUGACCUCGAAACUCAUUGACUGUAUUAGGAAAAGUUAUAGCCUUAGAAGAUCUUAGACCCCAGGGCAAAAACUGUAAUAUACAAAACAGAAAAUCCCAGGUGGAUGACUGUUAAACAAUGAAAAUGUACUCAUUGUGUUGAUGAUUGCCGUCAGUGCUGAUAUAAAACACGACAGAGUUAGAGGCGACGUAAAGCCCGCAGUUGUCAUGCGGCGAGAGGUAAGACUACUUUUGGUUCACGGUCGUGACAAGGUCUGCGGACUAUUCUGAUGUGUAGGCAACACUGACUUCAGGGCCGGUGACGCUCACCUCGGACUUCGUACGGUUGAUUUUAGACAGUGGUUGGUCCUAAUCUUUUGACACACUGUUUACCUCUUUGAAACUCCAUUCAGUCUCCACCGGCAGACUUGCGUUUUACGACUAAUUAUACUUUGCUCCCACACAUGCUGCUGUCUGUUCCACAUUACUAUAAGUUGAAAAUUGUCUUCUUUCUUCGCUGAACUGAGGUAAUAUGACAAGCAACACAUGAAUCCACGUGAAAUGUCGAAACAGAAAUGUGUUUUGGGAAUUCUAGUUGUUAAUUUAGAAGCUAACAAUUUAUCUAACACUGACAAUCGUUCACAGUUUAAGUGUGUUGUCUCAUAACUUAGGCAAUGGCUCUCAAUAAGUUUCAACAGAAGCAGUUUUUUUUAUAAAAGAUUACAGUUUUGGACUUAUAUUAUAAGAGGCUGGCCUCCUUCGAUUGGCUAUAAUGAGCAUCACAAAAAGAAACUUCUUCUGACGAGCCACGUUUCUUUUCCAACCCUAGGGCUUUAGGUUAACGCUGUUACAUAAUCCGAAUCCAGCUUUGGGGUUGAGCAAAAUAGAGCGUACCCAAUGGCGAGGCAUCUCUGCCUAUGUUCGGCAUCUGUAUCAGGGUCAAGGAAUAGUCUGUCAGUUUCUCCGAAAAGUGGACUUUAAGUUUAUUUAGGAGGAGGAAUAAAAUUCGAGGCAUUAUCUUCUUUAGGAUGAAAAUAUGAAAGUAGCGGCUGUCCAAAUGCCUAGGUAUUACAGCUCGCAAAUUUUUGCAAAUAUCAUUUCUCAGUGAGAUUAGUUGAAUUAAUCCAUUGGAUACCUUGCGUCGUUAUUGAUUAUGUUUGCACAAGAGCCGCAAAUAGUGAACUCAACGCAUCACUUGUAUUGGAAUUAUUCAAGUUAGCGUAUGAUAGGCCGGGUCACUUAAGUUGCAGUCCUUACCUCAGAAAAGAAACUUUUCGAUCUGGUUGAUUUUGGUGUUUUGGGGGGUGAGAAGACCGGUCAAUCUGUCCUGCAGGAGAUAAUCAGCAUCCGACCGCCCAAGUGGUCAACUCACGCUUUUAAGGCUGCUCAGUCUACCAAGAUUUACGUCAAUGCCUAAUCAUUUAGAUGAGCAUCAACGGGCAUGGGUGGCGUAAGGACGUAAAGCCAACUGGCAUUAAGCUUCUUCCCCUCAUUACCCAUUCUAACUGAAUUAUGAUGGCUCGGGAGGAUCAAUAGCUUGUGCGUCCACAUUAUGCAGCCGAAACUUCACCCUGUGUUCGGAAAAUGCCUCUUUUUUGCUUCUCCGGCCAAAUGAUAGUGCGUAACAACGUAUGGCUUAAAAAGGAGAUACGGCAAGGCGUUUUGGAAGGCCGACAUAACAUAUACUUCUGUUUGUGCUGACAGUUUAUACCUAUAAUUUAAUCUUCAGUGCAUCAUAAGUACAUAUUAGUUUACUCUUCCAAAUUUCAUUAGGGCUGGAUGGGUUUAUAUGCUAACAGACAGAUUUGACUCUAUAUGCAAAUUUCAUCGCCUAUGGAACAAUCAUCCUAUUAGCCCGUUUCUGAAUCGACAGAACAACCUUGUUACUAUUUCUGUGAGAAGAAAAUCGGGUUUUAUGGCACAUGAGAAUGAAGAGGAUAACGUCUUUGUUUCUUGGUUUGAUCAACGUGAAUUGGCAAACAGAACAUUGUCAAAAGAAAUAGCAGCCAUUUUACCGCGGUCGCUGUUCUAGCAAAGAUUCGCGUAUGACGCCAGGUGAAAGCUUUCACUGAUACGAUAAGUGUGUUGCUGUAGACUACGAUGAUUGAAAUUCUCUCAUGGACACUGCCGACAAUUAGAAUGUCACAUUUUGAGAGGGUGACAACCAAAUUUCUCAAUGGGACCUUAAUUAUGUGAACACUCAUGGUGAAAGCUUUGGCACUUAGUCAAGGUUCGUAAAUGACAAAUAAACCCUUCUUAAAUCAUGUGUAGAAAAUGAUUAAACAGAAUGCAAAAUAAUUAACCUAUAUUCUCCGAAUAAUGAAUUGUGUAUUAUUUUUUGGAACUCGUGACGCUGUUAAUGACUUCAUGGAAGAUGAAAAAUUAAGCCAUGUCGGUGACUUCCCAGGCAAAAUUUCCACAUUUGGGUGGCUAAGAGAAGCAGGAGAUUUCUUUACUCUGCACCUACAGGCGGCAAAUCAGAGAAGCCUUGACUAAAUGUUUACACAGUCAGAAUAUCAAGGUAUAUACUUGGUUGAAAAACAAGCAAUAGCGCACAUAAGUUAAUUAUUGUUGAUGAUAAAGUUGACUAAUCGGCCGGUCUGUCCUUGUGGAAGAGCGUUUUCUACAAAUUUUAUAUUUGAACAAGGCAAAGGCGACAAAGCAUGCAGAAUUUACUAACGUCAUCAAUUUCGAGACCUAUUCAGAUGCACACGGUCAUUGCAUAGUUAUAUGACAGGCAAACUGUUCAAUCAACGAUCGACCUAGGGAGAUAAAACGUGAUAGGUAAUCUGAAACAUGGGUCUAAUAUGCGGGUGCAUAUGGCGAGGGGGGGAGGGGGAGAGAAGUCAUCCAAGUAUGAGAGUUAGGACUACAGUUAGAAACUUGCGCGGCGUGAUUUAGAGUGCAACGUGCGGGGAGCAUUCAGUCAUGCCGGGGAGAGGGAGGCGGAUGGGGGCGAAAUGAGAGGGCGGACAUGAGAACAGGGUUUCGUCCAUAAUCGAUCCCUACCAUGGCAGUGCCAGGUUUAUCACGUGGUCCAGCUGCUUACAGAGUUCUGGUUUCCUCCUCCGUAUUGCAGCGGCCUCUGCAAAGCGCAAGAGACGCCCGGUCGUCGCCCGAAACAGGAUCUUGAAUGCGACCAUUGGGUCCACCGUAUGGCCCGUGUCCACUAGGUGCUUUGUGAUUGAGCUCCUGGGUACCUUAUUUUCCGCCUUAAGCAGCCACUUCGGCAUGUGUUCAGCUGACCGAGCUGCCAACUGCCUUUGCGUGUUCCCAACGUACUUGCAUCCGCAACUACAUGUAAACUCAUAAAGAAAGUUUGGUGUGGCGUGCAUAGGCAAAAUGUCUUUAGCUGGUCUAACUGGGAUGGCCGUUGUGAUGCUUAUGAACAAAAAUUUAGAGGCAGCUUACGUCCUUUCGAUAGUGCACCGAAGUCGUCGCUUGAUCACGUUUGACACGUUAUCACCCUUGUAGGGGAGGUAGAUGGUCACGGAAUUUUUAGGUACAGAUAUUUCUUCAGGAGGUUCUUAUCUGGAAUGGCGAUAUUAAUCGAUGAAUUUCUCCGGAUACCCGUUUGCAAUAAAAACGUUCUUUAAGAAAGUAAGCUCGUCAUCGAUCGUAUCUGAGGAGCAGAUUCUGGUGGCUCUAUUGAACAAGCACAAAACCAAGUUUCGUUUGCUCUGAAUUGGAACGAAACUGAGGAAAUGCAUGCAUUGUCCUUUCCAGGUGGGUUUUCGAUAGAUGGAUCUCUGAAUAGAGCCAUCUGCCCGCCUACGUACAAGAAUAUCCAGGAAAGGCAGUGUGUCAUUCUUCUCAUGCUCAAUCGUAAAUCUGAUCUUUGCAUGUGCUUUGUUCAGAGUCUUGAGUUGUAGUUCUCCGUCGCCUGGGUUUUUGACUAUGGCGAAAAUGUCAUCCACAUAUCGCCUAUAGAAUGAGGCUCGUUGUACGUUCCGAGCUAGUUUUCGCUCUAGAGUAGACAUAAAAAUGUCCGCUAGGACUGGCCCCAAUGGACUGCCCAUAGCUACACCGUCGAUCUGUCGAUACAGCCGCCCCUUGAACAAGAACUGUACAUUCUUUGUGCAUAUCUGUAGUAGUUCCGCAGUUGCUCUGAUGGCAGGUGUGUUUCACCCGCAUGCUCACAAAUUAUGUCCAUCGUUUCAUCCAGUGGCACGUUUGUAAACAGGCUCUGCACGUCAAGCGAGAUCAUGUGUUUAUUCAGUAGAUUCUGAAGCUUAAGCUCAUCUACGAAGGAUAAAGUAUCUCUUGUAGCGUAAACGGCAAGGUUGUGUCUGAUUGGUUAGAUUUGCUGCACUAACCAUUGGGCAAGUUUAUGUUGAGGUGAAUUCCUCAUUGAUAAAAUCGGUCGUUAUUGUACCCCUGGUUUGUGCAAUUUUGGCAGUCCAUAUAGUCUGGAAAUAUGCGACCCUACGGGCGUAAGACACGCAGCCAAGUUCUCGUCUAUUAUUUGUUUUUCAAGUAACAAUUUAAGCUUUUUCCCAAUAAAGUCUUCUAGCGCUUUUGUUUCUUCUUUCUCAUGGGCUUCAGAGGAAAAUUUGCUGGAGUCACUCAAUAUCGCUUCCAUCUUUCUCACUUAAUCAGUCUUGUUUAGGAUCACGACCCCGCUUCCUUUGUCAGGUCUUGAGAUGACGACUUCAGUAGUCUUACGUAGGUCAGUUAGGGCCGAGAUGUGUUGUCUAGUUAGCAGUGAGCGUUGCUUAGUCGAGAAAGUUCUGUAUUGAUAGGCGAUAUCUACGAAUUUCGCCUUCAACCAUCUCACAUUGUCCUCUGACGUCGGUGUUAAUUCCGAUAAUUGGUGAUAUAGGUCUUCAAAUUGAGCCUCAAUCUCCGUCGGAUCUAUUUUUCUUCUCGGCACACAAAACUUAAGUCCUAAAGAGAGGGCCUCGGCUUUCAGUUUAGUCAGUUUCAAAUUCGACAUGUUGACAAUGUAAUCAUUUGGAUUUACUGGAAACGAUUUGUCUACGGGUAGUCUAUUUAGCGACUUCAUCAGAUCAGCGUGGGACGAUUGUCUUACUUUAGCUUGCGAGCUCAGAACGUAUUUUGUAAACAAUAACCAACACAUUGGACUCACCGAGUCCAUCACAUGCUUUGACUGGUCAAGCUGGCAGCGCAUAUUUGAGAGUGAGUAUUCACAUUCCUCCAUUUUCGAGAGGGCAAGACGGUCAAGGUUUUGUAGUGUGGGCAGCUUGACACGGAUUGCGUAUUAAAUAACCUUUAAACAGUCGAAGCAUAUAUGUGCCAACAAAAUAUCGCAUAAUACUGACCUUAUCUGAGCACACUUGAAAUCUAAAGGCUGAUUGAUAAGAAAAGAUGUCUUUUCCCUAGUUAGUAUCUGAGGUACUUGACACACUUAAAAUAUUGUCUGCAGAAGAGGGAAGGAAAUUAGCUCGGAUGACAAAGUUUACUCCUAACUAACCGUCAUUUACUAGGGAUUAAAUUUACUACCACAGCUCCAUAAAUUUCGUAGGCAAACUGGAAAAUCGUAAGGCGCCCGAAAGAACAAACGCACUAAAUCCCUGUAUGUCAUGCGUUACAGGUUUCCUGGUAAAAAACCAGGCGGACGCUACAAUGUGAUUGACUCAGUCCGACACCAUGACUGUGAUCAACCUCAGGAAGCCCACAUGCUUUGAAAAUUUUGCCGUUUAAUGUUACGCAAAGUAGCGUGCUAAGGGUAUCCUACUAAACCGCGUCUGACAUUAAAAAGGAUAUUAAAACUACCAACCGCAAGGAUUGGUUGGAACCUAAGAUCAUAAUAUGGAACGCGAACGUAUGCUAAAGAUAGAAACUCAGCACAAGCGAGCGAUUUCUGUUAUGCCGUUUAAAUUAAUUCGUUCUCAAUUACUGUAUCGUCACUCCAUUGCUGUUGAAGUCAACCACUCACGUAAACUUUACCACUUGUUACCUCUGAGAAACAUGUCGUAUGGCAAUUACUGUGCAGGUGUUGAGCAGGCGUUACGAGGCUCUGAAUCUUCUUGAUUAAGACUGUUUAAAUAUAUUCGCUUUUCCUAUGCAAAUAACGGCUGAGUGAGCGAUUCUGCUAUAGCACUCAUCCAUUUUGCAUUUCUUCUUUUAUGUUCACGUGACUUCAAUGUUUUAAUUGUGUGAAAUUUGACCAUAAACAAGAAAACGAAGCUCUGCAGUCACUUUUAAUUUACUUACGCGUAUUUUCAACAUUUUUUCCUAAAUAGCUGCUCAGUCAUUCUUCUGUCUAUAGCACUGCAUGUAAAUUUAACUUUUAUAUGUCGACGCUAUCAAGAAUCAAAGUGUGAAGGCGAUAAAAGUUAGAGAUAAACCAUCCUUCAAGUAUAGUGGAUGACUCCAUUUUAUCAUGCCGUAUAUCUUUCAUGGCUUAUUCUUUAAUGUCAUGCGUCUGGUAAGAUCAGACGGAGGGUUCACAAUACACCAACUUCUGCAUUUGAUUUGAACAGCAAUCAACCUGACCUGAAAUCGGUGCUAGUGUGCAGAAGAGGUUCCGAGAAUCGGGUUGGUCCAGUUCAGAUUCAGAACGCGCUUACUUCACUAUAAAUAGGCUGCCCACUAUAAGCUAUCACAGUGCACCAUCAGGUGUUGCACAGAUUAUAAAUUAACGGGAUAGUGCGAGAGUGCUUCAAAGUGAAGGUCGACUGAAAGGCUCAUUCUGAAUACGGCCGUCAUAACAAUUCCCAGCCACAUAAGAUCCGGGACGUCUUUGUCAAGUGUAAUUUGUGUGAGUGCUUAGAUCUGUACAUAUAUGACACCUAGGACUUUGAAAUCAGUCGCGUCGGUCACUUAACACGUGCCGAUAAUAUGUUUUUUUAACCUCUUGCCGGGUGAAAAUGGUAGGGUAGGGGAGAUAAAAUCAGAUGGAUAUCAUAUAAGCAGCCUCUACUGAAAGCCAAUUUGUACGAAGGUCGUCAUAUCGAUCUCACGUCAGUGUUGGCCUUCGCAGUUUUUGACGAGCGAAGUGUUAUUGUAUAACGCGGUCUUUUAUUAUUUUUGGGUUUCUGAAAAAACAUAUAUAACAAAAACUGAAGACUCUUCUACAGCGAUGCUAUUGGGCAUCUCAGACCUCGUACGACUGUAUUUUUGAUUCAGAUUUUCUGAGCCAUCCUCACUCUCACGAACUUGAAAUGUCCACCAAACAUUGUUGUUUUUAGUGUACGAUAACGCCCCUCAAGCAAACCCGGACACUACUUCCCAGAAAGGCAUAGCUGGAGUUGGAUAUUUCUGAAUAUAGCUAAGCAGCUAAUAAACAAAAUUGAUUGUUCAUGAACCCAAAGAACUCAAGAACUCAGACAGACUGUUUGCAAUAAUUCCGGGAAAUUUUCCGAUCAAAGCCAAUUUUGUGCUCUCAGAUCGACUGUAAACCGCCACCAGUCAACUAAAUCGCAUUGACCUAGAAAUGUCGCUAAGUUCUAACAGUAUUUGGCGUUUUAAGAUAGACCAAAGUCUAUUGCAGUGGCCACCUGACUAAGUCCCCAAGCUUUUUGUCUAUACUAUAAAUGUUGGCAGAACUUGAAGCAAAUACUCAUUUACCUCAAUUCUAAUACAAGGAGGCCUGCUAUUUGGUAUAAUUUUGCCCCUAUGUACAGGAACAUGAAAAAGGUCUGUGUGAUUGGCGUUGACCGCGACCCAAGGUAUUAGCUGUGCUGCUGUCUACCAGAUGAUUGCAAAGCAUUCACAGUACUGGUCUGCUUCGAUAUUUCACUACAUUUAAUAUGUACUAUGAAAUAAAAUAUAUCCAAAACUGCAAUGCCUGAAGUGCUUAGAGUAAAAUUUCACGGUUUUUUGGAAACUGUUACGUUGAAAUUCGAACCUGUCCCUGAUUUUAUUGCAUUUCCAGGAAGUCUUGCUCUACCUGUUGGACCAUUUGAAACGGAUCACCAGCAAAUCAAUGGUGAAUAAGAUGAACUCACACAAUUUAGCCGUCUGUUUGGCGCCUGUUCUUCUACAUCCCUCACCGGAGGCCGCGAAGGAUAUGGAGCCCUCGCUAAUUGAAUCAAGGAAGAUGGUUAGCAUCCUUGAAUGCAUCCUGGAUAUCUGGCCCUAA